AUGGAUAUCCGACCAAAUCACACAUUGUAUGUGAAUAAUCUAAAUGACAAAGUAAAGAAAAACGAUUUGAAAAAAGCACUAUAUUAUAUAUUUGGUCAACAUGGUCGACUAAUUGAUAUUAUAGCUAUGAAAACAAUGAAAAUGCGUGGACAAGCAUUUAUUAUUUAUCAAGAUAUUGCUUGUGCAACGCAAGCUUAUCGUUCAUUACAGGGAUUUCAGUUAUUUCAACGACCUAUGCGAGUAACGUAUGCUAAAAAAGACUCGCAACAAAUUAUCUGUUUGAAAGGUGUCAGUGCUGAAGUUCAAAAGAGACGUGAAGAAGAACGCGAAAAACGUAGACGAAAGAAAAUGGCACAACGUGCUGCAGCGGUAGCAGCGGCUUUACAAGCAGCUAAUCAAUCAGUAAAUGGUCCAGCGGGUACCGGUGGAGAUAUCAAUGCAUUGUUAGAUCAACCAAAUCAUAUUUUAUUUGUUAGCAAUUUACCAGAAGAAACUACUGAUGCUAUGCUUACAAUGUUAUUUAGUCAAUUCUCGGGAUUUAAAGAGGCUAGACGCGCUGCUGGUGGAGUUGGCUUUGUCGAAUAUGAUACUGAAUCACAAGCUGCUGCUGCGCGAUCUGCUUAUGAAGGAUUUAAACUGACACCGACUCAUGCUAUGCAAAUUACAUUUGCUAAGAAAUAA